AUGGAUGAUUCCACGAAUAAGUUCUCUGCCGGCGACGACGACACUGCAAAUCAGCAAGAAAGGCUACUUCCAAUUGCCAACGUCGGCCGGAUCAUGAAGCAGAUACUCCCAAAAAAUGCAAAGAUCUCCAAAGAGGCCAAGGAGACUAUUCAAGAGUGUGCUUCUGAGUUCAUUAGCUUCGUCACUGGCGAGGCCUCUGAGAAAUGCAAAAAGGAGCGGCGGAAGACAGUAAAUGGUGAUGAUGUGUGCUGGGCUAUUGGCACACUAGGUUUUGAUGAAUAUGCUCCACCAUUGAAGAGGUAUUUAGAUAGAUAUAGAGAGGUUGAAGGCGAUCGGUCGGCUACUCCACAGAGGAACGAAGAGGAUGGUGGACCAUCUUCUUCUGCGGCUGAGUUUAAUCCGAAUCUGAAGCCAUUUUAG